AUGACGACUAAGACCAUCCAUGGGAACUCGCAAUUUCAGAAGCCCUCUUCUUUACGCUGGACGUGGGAGUCACCCGGUGGAGGGUACCGUAAUGAAAUAGACCACAUCAUCGUCAAUAAAAGGUUCUGCCUGACGGACGUCGGUGUUGUACCAAAGUUCUAUACGGGAUCGGACCAUCGCCUCCUCCGAGGAAGAUUUUCCUUCACAAGGAGAGCAGAGAAAGCCGCUAAGUUUAGAGAGACAAAUCCCAGGACUACCAUCAACUGGGAUCUCUUCGCUACGCUAGUCGGAUUUUGGGAAGAUUCCGCAAUGGACAACAUCGACGAGGAAUAUGACCGGCUUGUCGAACACCUUCACGACUGCGCGAAGAAGGCUGAGAGUUUUAAAACCACCAAGAGGCGCCUGUCUCUUCAAACUCUUGAGCUGAUACGCCAGCGUGGAGCAGCACGAGCCGCAGGGAACCAAGAACUCACGUCCGAGCUCGCAAGGCUUUGCCGAGAGGCGAUAAAGGAAGACCUUAAAGAGAGAAGAGCAGAAGUGCUGGCUGAAGCUGCAGAGGCGGGGAAAAGCAUCCGCUAUGCCCGUCGAGACUUCGCCAGUCGCAAGACGAGGAUGACUGCUCUCCGGAACCCAAAGGGAACAGCCAUUGCAUCGAGAAGGGGGAUGGAGAAAAUCAUCUACGACUUCUACUCUGAUCUCUUCGACAGCCAUGUCCACUUGCCUCCUCACCAUCUGAGGGAAGAUGGACAAGUCAUUCCAGAGGUUCUCCCGUCCGAAAUACGACAUGCUAUCAUGUCGGUAAGAAAUCGUACGGCAUCCGGUCCCGACAGAAUAAGACCAGAACACCUGAAGAGCCUUCCGCCAGUACUCAUCAACACCCUGGCGAGGCUCUUUACACGUUAUCUGUCGGAAUGCAAGGUUCCUAAACAGUGGAAGACCAGCAAGACCGUGUUGUUGUAUAAAAAGGGAGAUCCACAUUACAUCGGCAACUAUCGCCCAAUCUGCCUACUGUCCGUCAUCUACAAGCUCUUUACAAGAGUAAUCCUUAAUAGGAUUGAAAAAGUCUUGGAUGAAGGACAGCCAUGCGAGCAAGCAGGGCUUCGAAAAGGAUUCAGCACGAUUGACCACAUUCACACUGCUUCAAAACUCAUCGAGGUAUCACGAGAGUACAAGAUGCCGCUCUGUCUCACCUUCAUCGACUUAAAGAAGGCCUUCGACUCGGUUGAGACGGAAGCGGUCGUGGAAGCCUUGGACAACCAAGGCGUCCCUACUCAGUAUAUAAAGGUACUUCGAGAGUUGUACAGUAACUUCACGACCGGAAUUUCGCCAUUCUACAAGAACAUCAUGAUUGACGUGAAGAGGGGGGUCCGACAGGGUGAUACAAUUUCACCCAAAAUAUUCACAGCCACCCUCGAGAACGCAAUGCGAAAGUUGGAAUGGGACGACAUGGGAGUGAAGGUUGAUGGUCGGCAGCUACACCAUUUGCGCUUUGCUGAUGACAUCGUACUGGUAACACCUAGCAUCAGCCAACCGGAACGAAUGCUGACCGAAUUCGACGAAACAUGUGGAUGCAUCGGUCUUCAGCUGAAUCUACAAAAGACGAUGUUCAUGCGGAACGGAUGGGUCUCAGAUGCCCCAUUCACGCUCAACGGAACGAACAUAUCCGAAUGCACCAGCUACGUUUAUCUGGGUCGGGAACUGAACAUGAUGAACGACCUGACCCCCGAGCUGGGCAGGAGGAGACGAGCGGCUUGGGGAGCGUACAAGAGCAUCGAAGAUGUAGUGAAGAAGACCAGGAACACCCGGCUCCGUGCUCACCUCUUCAACACCACCGUACUUCCUCUUUGA